AAAACAAAAGCUUAAAAAAAAAAAAUAAUAAUAAAAAAAAACUAAAACCAAAGUGUAAAGUUUGAACAAAAUCAAGAAAUCUUUAUUUCAGUUCUGAGUUUUACAUAGUACCAAUCGAAAGUUAAGAUUUUUCACACACUACAAUUUUUUCCAUUGCCGGCCUAGUAUUUUUGUUCUCAUUAAAGAACCAAUUUUUUUCCUUCAAUUAAUCUAUAUAAAUUAGCUAUGGCAUCAAUAUUGAACCCCUCAACAUGGAUAAAGCUACAAUUUUUAUGAUUUUUACUUUGUUUGUGUUAUUCACAGCCAUGAAUAUGAUUAAAGCUGAAAAUUGUAAAAAGGGUCAUGUAAUUCCAACAACCCCUUUAGUGAUUUUUCUUGAAAAAGUUCAAGAAGCUGCUCUUCAAGCUUAUGGCCAUAAAGGGUUUGACCCCAAACUUUUUGUUGAUAUGUCACUGAGAAAGAAUCUUUCAGUAACAGUUGAAGCUUUUAAUAAGCUUCCAAGAACCGUGAAUGGUUCAAUAUCAGCAAAUGAUUUGGAUGGAUUUAUAGGUAAUUAUUUGGGUGGUGCUGAUGAGGAUUUGAUUUAUGUUGAGCCUGUGGAUUAUGUGGCUGAGCCUGAUGGUUUUUUACCAAAGGUGAAGAAUACUGAAGUGAGGGCUUGGGCAUUGGAGGUGCAUUCACUUUGGAAGAAUUUAAGUAGGAAAGUGUCUGAUAAUGUAUUGGAAAAACCAGAGUUGUAUACUUUGCUUCCAUUGAAAAAUCCAGUUAUUAUACCGGGAUCGCGGUUUAAGGAGGUUUAUUACUGGGAUUCUUAUUGGGUAAUAAGGGGCUUGUUAGCAAGCAAGAUGUGUGAAACUGCAAAAGGGAUUGUAAAUAAUCUGAUUUCUCUGAUAGAUGAAUUUGGUUAUGUUCUUAAUGGUGCAAGAGCAUACUACAGUAAUAGAAGUCAGCCUCCUGUCCUGGCCGGGAUGAUUGUCGACAUAUACAAUCGAACAGGUGAUUUAGAUUUUGCUAGAACAUCUCUUCCUGCUUUACUCAAGGAGUAUCACUUUUGGAAUUCAGGAAUACAUAAAGUAACUAUUCAAGAUGCUCAGGGAUCAAACCACAGUUUGAGUCGUUACUAUGCUAUGUGGAAUAAACCCCGGCCAGAAUCGUCAACUAUUGACAGUGAAACAGCUUCCAAACUCCCAAAUAUAUGUGAAAAAAGAGAAUUAUACCGCGAGCUGGCAUCAGCUGCUGAAAGUGGAUGGGAUUUCAGUUCAAGAUGGAUGAGGAACGAAUCUGAUCUCACAACAACUAGUACAACAUCAAUUUUACCAGUUGAUUUGAAUGCAUUCCUUCUGAAGAUGGAACUUGACAUAGCCUUUCUUGCAAAUCUUGUUGGAGAGAGUAGCACGGUUGCACUAUUUACAGAAGCUUCUCAAAAUAGACAAAAGGCCAUGAACUGUAUCUUUUGGAAUGCAGAGAUGGGGCAAUGGCUUGAUUACUGGCUUACUGACAGCAACACAUCCGAGGAUAUUUAUAUAUGGGAAGAUUUGCACCAGAACAAGAAGUCAUUUGCCUCUAACUUUGUUCCUUUGUGGACUGAAAAUCUAAUUUCAGAUAAUAUCACAACUCAGAAAGUAGUUCGAAGUCUCCAGAGCUCGGGCUUGCUUCAACCUGCAGGGAUUGCAAUGACCUUGUCGAAUACAGGACAGCAAUGGGAUUUUCCGAAUGGUUGGCCUCCCCUUGAACACAUAAUUAUCGAAGGUCUCACAAGAUCUGGACUAGAAGAGGCAAGAGCCUUAGCUAAAGACAUUGCUGUGCGCUGGUUACGAACGAACUAUGUGACUUACAGGAAAACCGGUGCAAUGCAUGAAAAAUAUGAUGUCACAAAAUGUGGAGCAUACGGAGGUGGUGGAGAAUAUAAACCCCAAACGGGUUUUGGAUGGGCGAAUGGUGUUGUACUUGCACUUUUGGAGGAAUUUGGUUGGCCUGAAGACUUGAAGAUUGACUGCUAGUGAGUGAGCAACCAGAGAAACUAUGUUGCUCGGACUCUUCAAAAAUGUCGCCGUACUCUUGUAAGGUCCUCCAAAAUGCAUUAUUGCCGAGUGUGUGUUGGAUCCUUCAAAGGUAAUGCAUUUUUGGAGGACCUUCUUGUGUUUUGUGUUGGAUCCUUCUUGUGUUUUGUUUCUUUUUCCCUUUUCCUAUAGGACUCAACUGCAUUGGUUCACAAAUAAUUUUAUGUUCAAAGCAUUUCAUUAGGUAUUUGUACCAUAUCCAGUGAUCCAGAUGGUGAAGGAAAAUAAGAGAGAUUAUCACCAUUGAUUUUAUGCUUGCAAGCAAAUUGAUUAUCAAGUGAAAAUAAGAUGAUUUAUAUGAUUCAAUAAAUAACCAUAAGUUAUUCUGAUA